AUGGAAUCUUGGAGACCAAAGUAUCGAAAAUCAGGCAAAACCGAGGCCAAUGCACCCUGCAAAAAGCACCCUAAACACCGCCAAUCGCCCGGUGUAUGCUCUAUUUGUCUAAGGGAAAAACUCUCUCAACUAUCCACCAAUUCUUCAUCACAUAGUAAAGUAUUAUCAUCCUUGUCGUCUUCAUAUUUAUCGUCUUUGUCUUCGUCCUCGAAUAUUUCUUCGUACUCGUCUCCUGUGAACGGGAGUAGUUUUCGUAUGGCUUCAGUAGCAAGAGGAUCCAUGAGUUCUUUGAAGAGUACUGGCAAAGAUGUGCUUAAAAAGAGUAGAUCGAUGGCUUUCUUCUUGCAAAGACAGAAAGAUGUUGAUAAUAAUGGGAAGAGUAAAAGCGGGUUUUGGUGGAAAUUGCUCCAUCCAAGAAAUAAGGGCUUGACGCACUCAAGAACUGUGAGAGAAAGGGUCAUUAAUGGAGAUAUGUAA